UGGCCAUGCAAAACGAAGUGGCCCAUUGAUACUUCGCUCGACGCUGAACAGAAUGACAUCUCCAUACAUUAUUUAAAAAACAAACGUUUGGCUAUAUUUGUUGAGUUUGAACUCCUUGUGAAAGUAGGCUACUGUUUUGUCAACUUCAGCACAACGGGAACAGGAAAAAAGUGCGCCUAUGCUACUUGUAAUGUAGUCUAUGAGUGACUUGUCUAGUUUACCCUUUGCAAAGCGAAUUAUUGAAUGGUUGUUUAGCGAACCGAAACGUCACAUUUUCAUUUCGGGGAAUGCCUUUACUUUAAACUACUUUAUUUGCUAACGUGGCAUCAAAUAGAGAGUGGUGUCGGUUGUAGUUUCUGAUUGGUGAACUUCGAGUGGUGGUGUAGCUGGUUUGGCUUGUGUCCCAAAACUAGAGUACUGUCAAAAGAUCUGGGAGCUGUCGCAUAUUCAAGCUGGUCCGAACUCUCACUAAAAUGUAAGAGAGAAGCAUACGUGUCUGUAUUGUAUUCACCGGCCCGUUUUAAUUAGUGAACUUCAACAUGAGCGGCGAAAAUGAAAAACCCUCCUUGGUUUAUGGCGAAAUCAAAGACAAUCAAAAUGUGUUAGAUCUGGAAAAAAUUACAAUUAUGAAGUCUGCCGUUGACAGCGAGGACGUGCCCAUGGAGCACAAGAUACGACUCAACCAGAACGGGGACGAUACAAACCAAACCAUCAAACUAUACAAGCGGAGAUGGUUCAUCGUGUUGCUAUUCAGCUCGUAUUCUCUCUGCAACUCGUUCCAAUGGAUCCAGUACGGAAUUAUCAACAACAUUUUCAUGAGGUUCUACGGUGUAGAGUCUUUCACUAUAGAUUGGAUGUCUAUGAUAUACAUGUUGACUUACAUCCCCUUCAUAUUCCCGGUCACCUGGCUACUGGAUAAGAAGGGGCUCCGUGUCAUUGCGCUGGUGGCUACAGCCAUGAAUUGCGCGGGGACUUGGAUCAAAGUGACCAGUGUGAGACCCAACCUGUUCGCAGUCACCAUGCUCGGACAGUUCUGUUGCUCCCUUGCGCAGGUGUUUAUCCUUGGGAUGCCGUCGAAGAUCGCCUCGGUGUGGUUUGGAUCGGAGGAGGUGUCCACCGCUUGCUCCAUCGGGGUCUUCGGAAACCAGCUGGGUAUAGCCAUUGGGUUCCUAGUCCCUCCCAUCCUGGUGCCUAACGUUGAGGACAUGGAUCAGCUGGCCUAUCACAUCAGUAUCAUGUUCUACAUCACAGCAGGAGUUGCUACCUUGCUCUUCCUACUGGUCGUCAUGGUGUUCCAGGAGCGUCCGGAGCUCCCUCCCACCCAGGCCCAGGCCACAGCUCGCUGUAUCUCUCCAGAACAGUACUCCUACACCGCCUCCAUCCUCAGGCUGCUCCGAAACAAACCCUUCCUCCUCCUCAUCCUCACAUACGGACUGAACGUGGGCUGCUUUUAUGCUGUGGGCACGCUACUGAACCGCAUGAUCAUCGAGCACUACCCUGGUGAAGAGUUGAAUGCAGGGAGGAUAGGUCUCACCAUCAUUAUCGCUGGCAUGGUGGGAUCACUGAUCUGUGGCAUCUGGUUGGACAGAACCAAAACAUACAAACAGACAACCCUGACGGUCUACCUCAUGUCCUUCGUAGGGAUGUUGGUCUACGCCUUCACCCUCAGUCUGGGUCAUCUCUGGGUAGUCUUCCUCACUGCUGGAGCCCUGGGGUUCUUCAUGACAGGCUACCUGCCCCUGGGCUUUGAGUUUGGAGUGGAGCUGACCUACCCCGAGUGUGAAGGAACCUCUUCAGGCCUGCUCAACUGCUCUGCACAGGUGUUUGGUAUCAUGUUCACUAUCUGCCAGGGGAAGAUCAUAGAUAACUACGGGACGCUGGCAGGAAACAUCUUCCUCUGCGUCUUCCUCUUCAUUGGAUCGGUCCUCACAGGCUUCAUCAAGUCAGACCUGCAGAGACAGAAGGCCAACCAGUUAGCCAAGGCAGCUACUCUGUUCCAGGCGGAUGGAGAGCUCUCUGGUCAGCAGCAGGACUACGGGGCCACGGCUCUAAUCAACAAGCCAGACUGCCCUUCUGCUUCUCUUCAGGCUUGAUCACUAACUCCUAUACCCUAUAACCCCUACACUCUUAGCUCGAACAUCAGACGGGCCAAGGUAGGGGCACAGCCAACCAAUAAUCACCACACGCUUCCCUGUCAUUCUUCUCUUAGGAGUGAAUCCUAACUUUCCGCUUUUCCCAUUCGACAUCAGUGCAUGACCAAGUUUUAAGUUAGGAUUCACUCUCCUGUACACCUUUCGCUUUUAACCAAGAACUUCCUGGAAGCUUUGUAGUGCAAAAAAAUAAUCUUUAAAAUUUUUGCUCCCAUUGGCUAAAAAUGGACUUUUGAUGAUCUAAGUGCUAGGAAGUUUUGGGGGGAAAUUAAAAACGUAACCCUCAACCCCUCAUCUCAAUCCCGCUGUUCCAUUUUCACUUCCCUCUAAACCUCUCCACGCUCCAGAUUACAUGAUUAGACACAAGUUCUUUUCACCUACAGAAUGUUGAAUAAGAUGUAUGGGAUAACCUUUUAACCUUUUAACCUCGUGUUGUGCCUAGUACCUGUAUAUAUGUGUGUAUUUAUGUAGCGUGUUAUGUUUUUUGUUAUUUUAGUUAUCUGUUGUUGCUAUGGAUACUCAAACAGUUGGUCUACUUGUAUUUCAGACUAAUACUGUUUUGCAUCAGGAUUUUUUACAAUUUUGUUAACUUCUCCAAAUUCCCAGAUUUCCAGAAAUCCUGGUUGUAAAGAUGCCUAGGAAUCAGAAGGGAAUAAAUAAGCAGAGAAUCCUCCAGCUGAGAUCUCUGGAAAACCUGGGGAUUCUGGGAAAGUUAUUAGAAUUUUGCAACCUUAAUCAGAAUAGUCUUUAGUUGGACUGUGAUUGGUGGAUUUUUUUUUGAU